UAGCAGUUAUACCCUAGUCACAAAAACACGCGGAUCCUCCUGGGUAAGGGUUGGGUCGCCCACAGGUCGUGCCAAACGGCGCCGUUUUGGUACCUAAAGACCCUGAAUGAAACGGUGCUGUUUCAAUACCACUAUAAAAGAAAACCCUGCUCUUCAACUCCUUCAAUUGACACUCACAGCAGGCUCACAGAAGCUCAUAUUCUCGACUCAUCCUAUUAAUCUUGUUCUCAACUUUGAUCUGGUUAUGGAUGAAUUUAACAAUAUGUAUAAUAGUUUUGAUAUGAAUUAUGAUACCCCUGAAUUAAGUGAAGAAGCUCAACGAAGAAUAGCCACAAUUGUUACCCAAGUUGAGAACAACAAUUAUCAUGAAGAGGAAGAAUAUGUGUUAAGCAGUGUAUUGGUACACCAUGAAACUUAUUUCACUAUGCAACCGCGUAUGGAUUCAAAUUAUACAGGUCAAAUGUGGGUGGACGAAGUAUUAAAUGGGCAUGAUUGUAAUACCCCCUACCCGUAUUCGUCGCCGAAAUAGAGUAUGAGGCAUUACCAGAUUUUACCGAAUUUUUUUUUCAAGAUAGAUUUAUCAUAUUCAUAAGAUAAUUUCAUCACAUACCAAAACCAAAAUUUGUUAGCCAUACCAAUGGCUAACCAUACAUUCAUUUCACAUUAACAUCUAAUUUACUAGCUUAUACA